CCCGGCCUGCACUGCGGUGUUUCCCGCGCAGGGUACUCCAGUUCCCGGCGUCCGGCGCGGCGAUUCGUACCGCAGCCGGCGCCCCCGCCGUCAUGGGUUUCCUGAAAUUGAUUGAGAUCGAGAACUUUAAGUCUUACAAGGGUCGACAGAUUAUCGGACCAUUUCAGAGGUUCACCGCCAUCAUUGGACCCAAUGGCUCUGGUAAGUCAAAUCUCAUGGAUGCGAUCAGCUUUGUAUUGGGCGAAAAAACCAGCAACCUGCGAGUAAAGACCCUGAGAGAUCUGAUCCAUGGAGCUCCUGUGGGCAAACCAGCUGCCAACCGGGCCUUUGUCAGCAUGGUCUACUCUGAGGAUGGUGCUGAGGACCGCACCUUUGCCCGUGUUAUUGUUGGAGGUUCCUCUGAAUACAAGAUCAACAACAAAGUGGUCCAGCUACAUGAGUACAGUGAGGAAUUAGAGAAGUUGGGCAUUCUCAUCAAAGCUCGUAACUUCCUCGUCUUCCAGGGUGCUGUGGAGUCUAUUGCCAUGAAGAACCCCAAAGAGAGGACAGCUCUAUUUGAAGAGAUUAGUCGUUCUGGAGAGCUGGCCCAGGAGUAUGACAAGCGAAAGAAGGAGAUGGUGAAAGCUGAAGAGGACACACAAUUUAAUUACCAUCGAAAGAAAAACAUCGCGGCAGAACGCAAGGAGGCCAAACAGGAGAAAGAAGAGGCCGACCGCUACCAGCGCCUGAAGGAUGAGGUGGUGCGAGCUCAGGUGCAGCUGCAGCUCUUUAAGCUUUAUCAUAAUGAAGUGGAAAUUGAGAAGCUCAAUAAGGAACUGGCCUCUAAGAAUAAGGAGAUCGAGAAGGACAAGAAGCGGAUGGACAAGGUAGAGGAUGAGCUGAAGGAGAAGAAGAAGGAGCUGGGCAAAAUGAUGCGGGAGCAGCAGCAGAUUGAGAAGGAGAUCAAGGAAAAGGAUUCAGAAUUGAACCAGAAGCGGCCUCAGUAUAUCAAAGCUAAAGAGAAUACCUCCCACAAAAUCAAGAAGCUGGAAGCAGCCAAGAAGUCCCUACAGAAUGCUCAGAAGCAUUACAAAAAACGGAAAGGUGACAUGGAUGAGCUGGAAAAGGAGAUGUUGUCGGUGGAGAAAGCCCGGCAGGAGUUUGAGGAACGGAUGGAAGAGGAGAGUCAGAGUCAGGGCAGAGACUUGACCCUGGAGGAGAAUCAGGUGAAGAAAUACCACCGGUUGAAAGAAGAAGCCAGCAAGAGAGCAGCUACCCUGGCCCAGGAGCUGGAGAAAUUCAAUCGAGACCAGAAAGCUGACCAGGACCGGCUGGAUCUGGAAGAACGGAAGAAAGUAGAGACAGAGGCCAAGAUCAAGCAAAAGCUGCGGGAGAUUGAAGAGAAUCAGAAGCGGAUUGAGAAACUGGAGGAAUACAUCACGACUAGCAAGCAAUCUCUAGAGGAGCAGAAGAAGCUAGAAGGGGAGCUGACAGAGGAGGUGGAGAUGGCCAAGCGGCGUAUUGAUGAGAUCAAUAAGGAGCUGAACCAAGUGAUGGAGCAGCUGGGGGAUGCCCGCAUCGACCGCCAGGAGAGCAGCCGCCAACAGCGAAAGGCAGAGAUUAUGGAAAGCAUCAAACGCUUGUAUCCCGGCUCUGUGUACGGCCGCCUCAUUGACCUCUGCCAGCCCACACAAAAGAAGUAUCAGAUUGCUGUAACCAAGGUUUUGGGUAAGAACAUGGAUGCCAUUAUCGUGGACUCCGAGAAGACAGGCCGGGACUGCAUUCAGUAUAUCAAGGAGCAGCGUGGGGAGCCUGAGACCUUCUUACCUCUUGACUACCUGGAGGUGAAACCUACAGAUGAGAAACUCCGGGAGCUGAAGGGGGCCAAGUUGGUAAUUGAUGUCAUUCGCUAUGAGCCACCUCACAUCAAAAAGGCCCUGCAGUACGCUUGUGGCAAUGCCCUUGUCUGUGACAACGUGGAGGAUGCCCGCCGCAUUGCUUUUGGAGGCCACCAGCGCCACAAGACAGUGGCACUGGAUGGGACCCUGUUCCAGAAGUCAGGAGUGAUCUCUGGUGGGGCCAGUGACCUGAAGGCCAAGGCGCGGCGCUGGGAUGAGAAAGCGGUUGACAAGUUGAAAGAGAAGAAGGAGCGGUUGACAGAGGAGCUAAAAGAACAGAUGAAGGCAAAGCGGAAAGAGGCAGAGCUACGCCAGGUGCAGUCUCAGGCCCACGGACUGCAGAUGCGGCUCAAGUACUCUCAGAGUGACCUGGAACAGACCAAGACACGGCAUCUAGCCCUGAAUCUGCAGGAAAAGUCCAAGUUGGAGAGCGAACUGGCCAACUUUGGGCCUCGCAUCAAUGAUAUCAAGAGGAUUAUUCAGAGUCGAGAGAGAGAAAUGAAAGACUUGAAGGAGAAGAUGAACCAGGUAGAGGACGAGGUGUUUGAAGAGUUUUGUCGGGAGAUUGGUGUGCGUAACAUUCGGGAGUUUGAGGAAGAGAAAGUGAAGAGGCAGAAUGAAAUCGCCAAGAAGCGUUUGGAGUUUGAGAAUCAGAAGACUCGCUUGGGCAUCCAGUUGGAUUUUGAAAAGAACCAACUGAAGGAGGACCAGGAUAAAGUACACAUGUGGGAGCAAACAGUGAAAAAGGAUGAGAAUGAGAUAGAAAAGCUCAAGAAGGAGGAGCAAAGACACAUGAAGAUCAUAGAUGAGACCAUGGCCCAGCUACAAGAUCUGAAGAAUCAGCAUCUAGCCAAGAAGUCAGAGGUGAAUGAUAAGAAUCACGAGAUGGAGGAGAUUCGUAAAAAACUGGGGGGCGCUAACAAGGAAAUGACCCAUUUACAGAAGGAGGUGACAGCCAUUGAGACCAAGCUUGAACAGAAGCGCAGUGACCGCCACAACCUGCUACAGGCCUGUAAGAUGCAAGACAUUAAGUUGCCACUGUCUAGGGGCACCAUGGACGAUAUUAGUCAGGAAGAGGGUAGCUCCCAGGGGGAGGAUUCAGUGAGUGGUUCUCAGCGAACUUCUAGCAUCUAUGCACGAGAGGCCCUCAUCGAGAUUGACUACGGUGACCUAUGUGAGGAUCUGAAGGAUGCCCAGGCUGAGGAGGAGAUCAAGCAGGAGAUGAACACACUGCAGCAGAAGCUAAAUGAGCAGCAGAGUGUGCUACAGCGGAUCGCUGCCCCCAACAUGAAGGCCAUGGAAAAGCUGGAAAGUGUCCGAGACAAGUUCCAGGAGACCUCAGAUGAGUUUGAGGCAGCCCGAAAGCGAGCCAAGAAGGCCAAGCAGGCAUUUGAACAGAUCAAGAAGGAGCGCUUUGACCGCUUCAAUGCUUGUUUUGAAUCUGUGGCCACCAACAUUGAUGAGAUCUACAAGGCCCUGUCCCGCAACAGCAGUGCCCAGGCAUUCCUGGGCCCUGAGAACCCGGAGGAGCCCUAUUUGGACGGCAUCAACUACAACUGUGUGGCCCCUGGCAAACGCUUCCGGCCUAUGGAUAACUUGUCAGGAGGGGAGAAAACAGUGGCAGCUCUGGCCCUGCUCUUUGCCAUUCAUAGCUACAAGCCAGCCCCUUUCUUCGUCCUGGAUGAGAUUGAUGCUGCCCUGGAUAACACCAACAUUGGCAAGGUGGCCAAUUACAUCAAGGAGCAGUCGACUUGCAACUUCCAGGCCAUCGUCAUCUCUCUCAAGGAGGAGUUCUACACCAAGGCCGAGAGCCUCAUUGGAGUCUACCCUGAGCAAGGGGACUGUGUGAUCAGCAAAGUCCUGACCUUUGACCUCACCAAGUACCCAGAUGCCAACCCCAAUCCCAAUGAGCAGUAGCAGUCGUUCUGCCCUCCUGUCCUGUCUGGAUCCCUAAGCUGCCCAUCUGCCAAUCUCUGGAUAUGGGACUCCCAACCUUCCCCCGCCUCCUGUCCUGUUUGCUAUAGUCAUGGGAUUUAGGCACUGCCAUCGAGCACAAAGAGGAACAGAGGUGAUGUUAGGUCUGGAGCAGAAACUCCGGAGCUACAGGGAGCAACCUGGCCUCUGAAAGGAGGUGCUGAGCUGAACAGGGCAUCUGUCUAUCCCCCGCUCACCCUGUCCCAAACCUCCCUUUCUGUCACCCAUAAUCAUGAGUCUAUGGGACCCCUUACAGUUUGCUUAUGUGUGAGUGUGUAUGUGUGUGUCUGUAUGUGCGCACGUGGGUGUGGUUGCAAAAUAAUGAAGAUAUUGGAAACUAAUUUUAGAAGGAACCUAGGUUGAAUUUGACCCGGGAGAGCUUAGUAUGACCGCACCCCAGAAUAGGGCAAAAGUAUUUAGGACCUCAUAGGAAGAAGUCAGGCAGUGACAGGAAACUGCCUGCAUUCACUCAUUUUUUUCAUUUAUUCAUGUAUUUGUCAAACAUACUGAACACUCUAUUUGUCAGGCUCUCUGAUAGGAAUGCAGAGCUGAAUCAGGCAUGACCCCUCCUAAGGAGAUGCAGUGGGUUCAUGAGUUCCUGUGGUUAGCUGAAUCAUGUCCAGGCACUUGGAAUUGGAGAAGACGACGAUCACCUCCAGGCUUCCUGGAGAAGGUCACAUUUGAGCUAGACCUUGAUAAAUCGGUGGGAUUUGUUCAGGCACUAGGAGUAAAGCCCGGGCACUAGGAGCAAAGCCCAGGCUCUGGGGACAGACAGUUGCAGGUUCUAGUCCCUUUUUUUUUAAUCACUCGUUUGACAUUGGGCAAGUCAUUUGACCUUUCUGUGCCUCAGCUUCCUUAUGUAUUAAAUAGGGCUAACAAUAUUACCUACCUCACAUAGGAGUUAAUGAUGUCAAGCUUCUCCCUGGAGGCCUUAUCCCUGCUUGGAGCCCACUAGGUGCUGAACCCUCAGAAUGCAGCCGUUGUGCCUGGAUCCCUGAGGGCUUCUAUCCCAGUUGUUAGGAAAAGAAGGAGUCUCCAAAUCUGGGAGGUGCUGAGUGCCCUGGUUACUAGGAAAGUUCCAGGGCAUUGAUGGGGUUUACCUGGUAAGUGGAGGGCCUAAGGAAAUCUGUAGCUUCAAUCAUGUAUAAUCAAUCACUGGGUGCCUGGGCCCCAACCUGAAUUGUGAGGAAAUAAGGGAGAGGUAGCCUGGGCCACACCCUAGCCAAACACAGGUGAUGUUUGUUUUGGGAACUAAUUACGUUAGCUGCACGGGCUGCAGAGGCAGCAUUGCCUGCUGCCCUGAGGUCAAUCUUUGCUUGUUCACACACACACACCGUCAGACCAUCACUCUGUCCCACUGUAUACUGCAUUUUUGUUUUUGGAAAGUUAAGUCAGUUCUAAUUACUCGAGUAAUACAUGAAUCCAUCCUUUAUAAGAAAUUAGAUUAUUACAAAUAAAGCUAGCCUCAUUUUUCCUCCCUCCCUUAACUGCUGUUCUGUUUGUUGUGCACCUAUUUAUCUUGACUUUGUUUUGAGACUUUGACAUACAUUAUAAUUGGAAAUAUUGUGUUUAAUGCGGACGGUAUAUGGACACGUUCUGCAAUUUGCUUUCUUGGCUUAAUGUUUCUGAGAUCUAUGCAUGUUGCUAAUAGAUUCAGGUCAUCCUUUGUAAUUGCUGUAGAUUGCCAUCAUAUGACUCUCACAUUUUACCCAUCUCUCUUGUGACAGUAAGACUAUUCUCUGGUUUUUUGAUAUUACAAAGUACUACAUAGGAGCAUGGCGUGUGUGUGUGUGUGUGUGUGUGUGUGUGUGUGUGUGUGUGUAAAUUUACCUAUGAUUGAUUCCUAGAAGUUGAAUUAAAAAUCAUAGGCUAUUUAUAUUUUUGUUUUUAAUAGAUAAUUCCAAAUUGCCCUCUUGUACUACUCACUCAAUAUUCUUUUUGAGUUUGUCUUAGGUUUAACAUCAUUAUCUACUUCAAUUUCAUCUUAAAUAGUGAUAUUGUGAAACCAUGGGUUUUAUGUGCUAUGAUAUUGUUUUUUAAUGCAUAAUAAAAGAUAACUAUCGAAAC